AUGAGUAGUGAUGAUGAUAGUCAUGAAUCAGGCGUGGACGAUACAGAAAGGACCGCUAUCAGACAGGAAUUGUCCACAAUGUCCUUUGAGGAUCUUCAAAAGCUCAAAGAAAAGGUGGGCGCCAAAGUGUAUAAAGAAGUUGUCUUUGGUAAAAAUACAAUUAAUAAAAGUGAAGAUAAACCUAGAGUCUUCAAACGAGAAAACAAAAAUAGACCAAGGGAAAUGAGUGCCAAGAAACCAGUUAAAAUGCAGCUCGAUAUUGGUCCAGUUCAAAAGAGGGAAGCUCGAGAUCCAAGAUUUGACCCCCUGUGUGGUACAUUUGACAAGAAACAAUUUUCCCGAGACUAUGGUUUCAUUACGGACAUGCAGAUGAACGACAUGAAAGCCAUUAAAAGAGAACUUAAAGCAUGUACAGACCCCGACAAACAAUUGCAGUUAAGACGGCUCUUGCAAAGGUUGAAGGAUAAACUCAGGUCAAGUAAAAAAGAAAAGAAAGAGCAAGAAACAAGAGGAAAAGAGAUUGAACAGGUUGAAGAAGAGCUUAGGCAGGGCAGACAGCCACACUUUAAGAACAAAUCUGAAAUGCGUGUAGAGUCAUUGGUGAAACAAUAUGAGGAAUUAAAGAAAGAAGGCUCAAAUCGAAUACAAAGACAUCUUAAGCGAAGACAGCAGAAAAUUAAAAAGAAAUCCUUUAGGACUCCUGUUGGUGUUGAGUAG